AUGGACGCUGUGACACAGCCGCCAAAGGUCCACGACCACCACGAGGCAGAGUUGCUCAUCCCCCUCGGCCUCCUCUCUUUCACAAUCAUCACCGGAUUAUAUCGGUACUUCUUUGUGCUCCGUGUCCGGUCCUACUACCGCCCCCUACUCUCAGACUCCAACGUCGAGACCGACGAUACAACAGAAGCAGAGACCCUCAACGGCCGUCGCCAGCACAACCACAACCAGCGAGUCACCACGUUGGGUCGAAUCAUCUAUAUCCUCAACCAUGUCGUCUUGUUGACCUACAUCGCCGGUCUGACCGUGAUCUGUUUGCGCUCCAUCAUUGAUGGAGUCUGGUCGGGCACUCUGUUGGUUCUUUACAACGUUUUGUCAUUGGUUGCCUUCACCGCGAAUAUGUUCUUGAUGCUGGUCGAGGUUGGCAAGGGCGGUCAGUGGAGUUGGGCCAAUUAUGGGUUCUGGUUGCUUGCCCUUGCUGGUGAAUCGUUUAUUGGCUGGUACCACCUGGAGAGCUUCCCUGAAGUUAUUACACCGGAGGCGAGCAAGUACAACAUUGCACUAAUCAGCAUAUUUGGGAUCCGGUACGGAUUUGUCGUCCUUUUGGCCCUGCUCUCACAAAUCCACCGCAAGCGAGAGUCUCGUGAAGAUGACUUGGAUGCCUUGAGAGCAUUCGAUGCCGGCGCCACGGAAGAUAUCGCUCCAUCUGCAUCAUCAUCGUCACAGCCAACCUGGGCCACCAAGACGCCCACCGGCACCUACGGAACCUUCUCAGCCGCUUUUGGAAAGGACCCUGAUGCCUCAAAGAACGCCGGUCGCGGAGGAGGAAUGGGUUCGACCUCUGAGGAAGAAGUCGAAAAGAAGCUGAAGACCGAGAAAGAGGAACGAGCGAGUGCAUUCAAAGAUUUCUGGCCCAAGAUCAAGCGUCUGUUGCCGUUUGUGUAUCCCAAGGACGAUCCCUGGCUCAAGUUUAUGUUCUAUAUGACGUUUGUCUUUUUGAUCCUGGGUCGUGUUGUUAAUUUGCUGGUUCCUAUUUUGACUGUUUGGGUCGUUGGCAACUUGACCGAGCAAGGUGCUAAGUUCAAUGCGGGAGCGAUUCUGCUGUACAUUUUCGUCCGCUACCUACAGGGCAGUUCUGGUCUCAUCAACGCGGCGCGUGCAUGGUGCUGGGUCCCCAUCGAGCAAUACAGCAACAGUUCCCUCACAAUCCACUUUUUCGAACACGUCCAUAACCUCUCCCUCGAGUUCCACCUCAACCGCAAGACAGGAGAAUUGCUCCGGAUCCUGGACCGUGGCACCAGUUCGAUCGUGACCCUCCUCAGCACCGUCCUUUUCCAACUUGUUCCUGUCAUCUUGGACGUCUUGCUCGCUGUAGGGCUGUUGUGCUAUAAGUGGAGCUGGAAGUAUGCCGUGAUUGUCUUUAUCACCAUCGUCUCCUACCUUAUUGUCACUGUUGUUGUAACGGAGUGGAGGACCCAGUUCCGACGAGCCAUGAUCUCUUUUGAUAACGAGGCCCGCGCAAAGGCCGUCGAUUCAUUGUUGAACUUUGAGACGGUCAAAUAUUACUCUGCCGAGGAGUUUGAAGUCUCGCGGUACCGGUAUGCGAUCUACAAGUACAUGAUUGCCGACUACAAGUCGCAGUUGACCUAUCAGAUGCUGAACCUGUUGCAGUCAUUUGUGAUCACCAUGGGCAUGUUGGCUGGAUGUCUGUUGUGUGCCUAUGAGAUCUCGCAGGGGACCCUAAAGGUUGAGUACUUUGUCGCCUAUAUCAUGUUUCUUAACCAGCUCUACCAGCCCUUGAACUGGUUCGGAUCGUACUACAGGAUGCUGCAACAAAACUUUGUCGACAUGGAGAAGAUGAUUAAACUCCUCGACCAAAACCAGUCUGUCAAGGACAUCCCCAACGCCCAACCCCUCCACGUCACCGCUGGAGAAGUUGUCUUUGAAAACGUCUCCUUCCAAUACGACAGCCGCCAAAAGGGUCUCUCCAACAUCAACUUUAGAGUCCCCCACGGCAAAACCGUCGCCCUCGUCGGCCCCACUGGAUCCGGAAAAUCAACGAUCUUACGACUCCUCUUCCGAUUCUAUGAUGUCUCCUCGGGACGGAUCCUGGUUGACGGACAGGACAUCUCGCAAACGACUCAGGUCAGUCUUCGGGAACAAAUCGGAGUCGUCCCCCAGGACUCUGUCCUCUUCAACGACUCGAUCUAUUACAACAUCAACUAUGGUCGGAACAGCGCAACAAAGCAAGAAGUCGAAUAUGCGGCAAAGGCCGCGCAGAUCCAUGACAAGAUCCAGGAUUUCCCAGAUGGGUAUGCGACAAAGGUCGGAGAGCGCGGGUUGAGGCUCUCGGGAGGUGAGAAGCAACGGGUGGCGAUUGCGAGGACGAUUCUCAAGAACCCCCCGAUUGUGCUGUUGGAUGAGGCGACCUCUGCGUUGGAUAGUACGACGGAGGGACAGAUCCAGGCGGCGUUGGCGAGGAUGACGGAGAACAGGACCACGCUUGUGGUGGCGCAUCGGUUGAGUACCAUUGUUAAUGCUGAUUUGAUUCUUUGUAUCAAGGAUGGCGUUAUUGUCGAGCAGGGAACUCAUGACCAGCUUGUUGAGCAAGCCAUCGCCAACGGCGGCGAAGGCGUGUACUACGAGAUGUGGAAGCAACAGAUCCGUGAAGAGUCCAGCGAAGGCUCAACAGUGGACGGUACCAUCUCGGACGAAUCAGACUCGAACAACAAAAACAACAAGGGCAAGGGCCGCAAGGACAAGGCCAAGGGCAACGAUACUGGGAACGGAACGGUCAUCAUAGAACACCAAAUUCCAGCACCCAAGAAUACCGACACCGCUAUUACAACAACAGCCGCUGGUGUCCAGGAAGCCCUACUCUCCCCCUCUGCCGAGCCUUCAGUUGUUGAUCCUACAGAGUUGACCCAAGUCGUCGUCGAGCAUGCGGCAACAACCGCUCAUGCAACACCUGCAGCUGUUAGCGCAAUCAUUGAUGAGGCCGCAAGCACCAAUGCCUCAGGACACGACUCUGUUCCUUCUUUGCAGCCCUCUUCUGGCCGCUCCACACCCAAGUCCAAGAAGAAGAAGAACAAGAAGAAGAACUAA